AGGAGAGAACUAGAAACAAACAAUGUCUGAAAUAGAAAAGCAAAAGUCGGAAGAAGAAGAAUCAUCGAUGGCAUGGCCGGAUAUCGAAGAAGAACUCGUGAUACCCGAGGUUUUACAUAGUGAAGGUGUGAAGAAACUGCAUAUGAGUAUUCAAAGUGAGUGGGAUUACCUUCAGAAGUCUGCUUGUCAAACAGCUGCAGGUAGAGCUUUGUGGAAACAUGUUAUUCAUGAUCCGCUCGCUCAUUUGUUUGCUGGAGAGACACAUUUGAGAAACCUACACACAAAGAUUCAGACUGACCGUCUCAACAAUGCUCGAGAGAUUUCCGGUGUGAUUCUAGCCGUUCGAACUCUCUGGUUUGAUACAAGGAUUCAAGCUGCUCUGGAGUCUUUCCACGGCGAAGCAGCACAGGUUGUUCUACUUGGUGCAGGAAUGGAUGCAAGAUCAUACAGACUAAACUGCUUGAACAAAAGCGACGUAUUCGAAGUGGAUUUUCAAGAUGUUUUGGAAACCAAAGCGAGCUUAGUUCAAGCUGCAGUAAACUCUAGAGAUGAUCUUAGGAUGACAGCGAAAUCACUAGUCAGAGUAGCAAUUGAUAUCAGAGACAACGAUUGGUUUGAACAGCUUAAGAAAUCGGGUUUUUUGCCAGAGAUUAACACGGUAUGGGUUCUCGAAGGUAUUCUCUAUUACCUGUCUCACACAGAGGCAAUGCAAGUACUGAAGCUCAUAGCUGAUAAGUGUGGACUAACCAGCACAGUUCUCUUGGCGGAUUUCAUGAACAAACCGUCUGCUACACUGCCAAACUCUGUGUUCCACUUUUACAGUGACUGGCCUGAACAGCUCUUACCAUCAUUGGGAUUCUCUCAUGUCAAGCUUUCACAGAUAGGUGAUCCAGAUGCAAAUUUCGGUCUGCUACACGAUCCACGGAAUCUCUUCAACAAACUUCUUCGCCUGCCAAGAACUGCACAGAUCCAUCCAGAUGAUGGAAAACCAUGCUGCCGUUUGUAUUUGGUCGAAGCUUCUGGUUCACCGCCUCAAGAUAAUUUCCUAGAGAACCAUGUGAGCUUGUAAGAUCUUUCCAGACAUAGCAUUUGGUACUGCACGCUUUUGAAGAACAUAUAUAUAUGAGUCUUUCAGACUAGAGAAAUUGUGUAGGAGAUUAUUGGUAAUUUGAUGUAUAAACCAUUGAUAUGAAC